GCUUAGCCCUUUGGGACGUAUCAGGAGGUGUGUGGCGCAGGAGGAUUUUCCCCGUUGUCUUCCGUCCAGCUUAAACCUUCAUGGCGGAGGUUGCGGGACGAGACAGUAGUGGAACUAUGGAAGCUGGCUCCAAACCGGAACCGUCUACGGGGAAAGCGACGGCUGCGCAGCAGACAGGAGAUGGAGGCGGUAGGGCAGACACGGCGGAUAGCGAGCAGGAUGACGAAGACGACGUCUUCGAGGUGGAGAGUAUCAUAGACUCCAAGAUUGAAGGGGGUGAAGUACUUUACCGUGUCCGGUGGAAGGGAUAUGAUGCUGAUGGCGAUACCUGGGAGCCCGAGGCUCAUCUUGAUGAUUGUAGAGAGGUUCUUCUUGAGUUCAGACGCCAACAGGCAGAGGCCAAGCAAAAACUGGCCAAGAAGGAAACUCCUAAAUUAUCAUUGAGUGAUGUUUUCCAGGCAGAUUCGGACAGUGAGCCCCAAAGUGACAUAAAAGAUGCAUCCCCUCACAAGAGGAAGAAAAAGUCGAGUAAUGAAGAGGACGACAACACUUUGGACGAUUUAAGAAAGAAAAAAAAUAAGUCUGUAAAAUCGAAAGAAAAAUCCAAAGAGUCUGAGCCCUUAGAGUCUCCUGAAAGUAAACCCAAGAAAAGGAUGUCAGAGGGCAAAGAAGAUUUAACCAGCAAAAAGCAAAAGAAGGAUGAUUUCAAAGAGUCAAAGAAAUUAAAGAAAGAAGAAACUAAAGAUACAAAAGCAAAGGGUAAAGAGGAACACAAAGAUAAAAAGCACAAAAGGGAGAGAGAUAAAUCGCUUGAGUCAGAGCAGCCAAGUCCUGCCCAUGAGGUGCCUUCAGAGUCUAUUCCUGAAACCACCGAUAUGAGUGUAGAUGUAGUAUUGGAUGAAAAAAUCAGGCCUACUCAAGAGGUAGAAGACAAAAGUCAAGAGGCAGUGCCUGAUCUCCUGGAAGAACCAUUAGGGGAAUUACAAGCAAUGGAUGAUGAAUCUGAUGAUGUAAAAAUUAAAAAGAAGAAAAAGAAGCACAAGAAACUAAAAUCUGACAAAGGGGAUGAAAGCAAGACAAUAGCCAGCGAUGACCUCCAGUCAGAGAGAAAGAGUCUACACAAAAAGCAAAAGUCUGUUGAGAAGGUGAGGGAACCUUCAGUGGAAAAACUCCCAGCUCCAGUCCAGAAGACUUCCAAGCUGAGCAGCGAGGAGAAGAUAAGGAAAUCUGUAGACUCCGUAGCAGAGAAUGAGACCAAGAAACCAGACUUGGUAAAAGACAAAACAAAGAAGAAACAUGACUCUGAAAAGGAGGUUAAAAAAGACUCAAAGGUGAUAAAAAAUUCAAAGGAACAUAAAAGUACACCAUUUGGAUUUACAAUAUCUCCAGAAGAAAAGAAUGAAAUCACAGAGUGCGCUAGGAAGAAAGAAGAUCCUUUGGACUGCAGACUUUCAGAAGACUUCAAACCUAAGGAGCCAAAAACAGCUUUCAAAGAACGAAGAAAUACAAGAGAUGAAACAGAUUCAUGGUCUUACACUGCCUCUGAAGGAGAUCAAGAGGUGGUCGACUCGGUGUGUCAUUUGCAAGAGAACUCCGCUGCCUUGGAUAGUAAAUCCCAAAUUCUGGGUUUAGGGAUGGACCUACAGUUAGAAUGGAUGACACUGGAGGACUUUCAGAAGCACCUUGAUGGGUCUGAUGAGCUACUUCCAACAGAAACGAUAUCCAAUAAUGCGUUGAAAGAUGCUGUUAAGAAUGGAGACUACCUAACAGUAAAAUUUGCACUUAAUUCCUCAGAAGAGUACAAUUUGGACCAAGAGGAUUCUAGUGGAAUGACUCUUGCGAUGAUGGCGGCUGCCGCUGGCCAGGAUGACCUUCUCAGACUUCUUAUAAAAAAAGGAGCAAAGGUUAAUGCAAAGCAGAAAAACGGGACCACCGCUCUAAUUCAUGCUGCUGAAAAAAAUUAUCUUACAACCGUGGCCCUCCUUUUGGAGGCUGGAGCUUAUGUCAACGUGCAGCAGGCUUCUGGUGAAACCGCACUGAUGAAGGCAUGUAAAAGAGGGAAUUCUGAUAUUGCGCGUCUCUUGAUAGAACAUGGAGCAGACUGUAAUAUACAAUCAAAGUACCAGGCCAAUGCUUUACAGUUUGCUAAGCAAAGCAAUGAUGUGCUUUUAUAUAAGUUGCUGGAAAGCCAUUUGGAAACGCUUACCAGAGUAGUGGAAGAUGCAAUUAGGGACUACUUUGAGAUGCGGUUGGCAAUCCUGGAGCCCGUUUUCCCAAUCGCGUGUCACAGACUCUGCGAGGGACCAGAUUUUUCUUUGGAUUUUCCCUAUAAACCUCCCUACCUUAUACCAGAAGGAUCAGGAAUAUUACUGUUUGUGUUUCAUGCAAAUUUUUUUGGCAAAGAAGUUGUGGUGAGGCUUUGUGGACCAUGCAGUGUACAGGCCGUCGUGUUAAAUGACAAAUUUCAGCUCCCAGUAUUUUUGGAUGCGCACUUUAUUUAUUCCUUUAGUCCUGUCAAUGGCCUUAAUAAACUGUUUAUUAGACUGUCAGAGGUACCAACCGCGAAGGUGAAGCUGCUGAUCUGUGCAUAUAGAGUUCAGCUGAAAUAAUUGCCGAUGUGGGAUGUUUCAGCAUUGAAGUGGCAGUCACUUUACUGUAUAGAAAAUGCGCAUGGAUCUGGGAUUGAAGUUGGACAAUCUGCUUUUUGUGACUGAAUUUUAAUUGUGUGUCACUUUCAUUGUUUGUGGAUGGAGUUUGUUUUAAGGAUGUAUACAUGGGGUAAUGCCAGCCUCUAUUAGAUUGUAUGCUAUUACCAGAAUCAUGUGGUAACCCCCCCCCCCCGGUUUUGUUUUUUUACCGUUCCCAUGGCAUGGCAUUCCCUGCACCCACCAGCAGCAGUCACUCGUCUACCCUCUAAAUAGUUUUGUGUUGGUGGUAUCCCCAUCUC